AAAGUAAAAUUCAGGGACAUAAUUAUGCAUAAAAGUCUUAACAAAUAUUACUGAAGGGUUUGUGUGGUUAACUUUUCAAGGAGUCGGGGUUCUGCCGCUUUAUGUUUGACACGGUCUCUUCAGCUGUAUCUCAGUCUAAUUAGGCGCCAAACGGUGCCUGUAGUAAUAUCCUCUUUCAGAAGGAUUCCGGAGCACAGCUCUCUAUCGUCCCACACUCAAUAUGUCCGCCGGGAUUGUCCACAUUUGCUCAGUAGGAAUGCGGUAGGCGGGGCUGCUAGGCUAGUGUCAAACUUUGGGAAUGACAGGAGUGCUGCAGGAUUCGCAAAGAAGGGGAAGUGUCGUCCUCGUUGGUCCUGUUUGGAUUACUUUGAAUUCUUUUUACGCACAUUCGUUGGAUUCAACACCUUUUCUACACAUAGUACGGCCUCAGCAGACCCCUCAACCAUGUCGGAGGACCUGAGCUCCCAACCCUGGUCCAUCAACAAAGAUGAUUAUGAGCUACACGAGGUGAUUGGGAGCGGGGCCACAGCAGUGGUUCAAGCAGCCUACUGUAUACCACGCAAGGAGAAGGUGGCCAUCAAACGCAUCAACCUAGAGAAGUGCCAGACUAGUAUGGAUGAACUCCUGAAAGAGAUUCAGGCCAUGAGCCAGUGCCACCACCCCAACAUCGUGUCUUACUACACCUCGUUCGUGGUAAAGGAUGAACUGUGGCUGGUCAUGAAGCUGCUCAGUGGUGGCUCCGUGCUGGACGUGAUCAAGCAUAUCAUCUCGCGAGGCGAACACAAGACAGGCGUCCUGGACGAGCCCAGCAUAGCCACCGUGUUGAAAGAUGUGCUUGAGGGCCUGGAGUACCUACACAAGAACGGACAGAUCCACAGAGAUCUCAAGGCUGGAAACAUUCUCCUCGGGGAUGAUGGUUCAGUGCAAAUUGCAGACUUUGGCGUCAGUGCCUUCCUAGCCACAGGUGGUGACAUCACUCGAAAUAAAGUGCGCAAGACGUUUGUGGGAACGCCAUGCUGGAUGGCUCCAGAGGUCAUGGAGCAGGUGAGGGGUUACGAUUUCAAAGCAGAUAUAUGGAGUUUCGGGAUCACAGCCAUAGAGCUCGCCACAGGGGCUGCCCCUUAUCACAAAUACCCACCAAUGAAGGUCUUGAUGCUGACGCUGCAGAAUGACCCCCCAGGCCUGGAGACCGCCAUCACAGACAAGGAGAUGGUAAAGAAAUAUGGCAAAUCCUUCAGGAAGAUGAUCUCCCUGUGUCUACAAAAGGACCCAGAGAAAAGGCCAACAUCCUCGGAGUUAUUGAAGCACAAAUUCUUUCAGAAAGCAAAGACCCACGAGUAUUUACAUGAGAGGUUACUUCAGAGGGCGCCCACAAUAACGGAGAGGUCGAAAAGGGUGCGCCGAGUGCCAGGCUCCAGCGGUCGGCUGCAUAAAACGGAGGAUGGUGAAUGGGAAUGGAGUGACGAUGAGCUGGAUGAAGAAAGCGAAGAGGGCAAAGCAGCCGUCGCGGCCUUAAGGUCACCAAGAGUGAAGGAGGGAUCGCAGAAUUCAGAGGGUUUUCAGACUUCUGAGCCUUUAAGUAGUCAUCUCCAGCCGGUGGCCGCAGGUCAGGCAGAACUACCUCAGGCUGCAGGCCAGGUUCCACUGCAGCCCACACCAGUCAACACUCAAUCCACUGCCCAGGCUGCAUCUCCCACGCCAGGUGUACCUGCUGCUGUUCCCACACAGGCUCUAGCUGUCUCAGGGGAUGUCAAUGCUCCCAUUAGUUUGGUAUUAAGGUUAAGAAAUUCGAAGAAGGAGCUAAAUGACAUCCGCUUUGAAUUUAUGCCAGGGAGAGACACAGCAGACGGCGUGUCCCAGGAGCUAGUGUCAGCAGGCCUGGUGGACGGGAGGGACUUAGUAAUAGUUGCUGCAAAUUUGCAGAAAAUAGUUGAUGAGCCUCAAGCCAAUAAAAAUGUCACUUUCAAACUGGCUUCUGGAAUUGAGGGAUCUGAAAUACCAGAUGACAUCAAGUUGAUGGGCUUCGCUCAGCUCAGCAUUAGUUAAACUGUUGUUCUACCUGGUACCGUGACUUGCCUAAAAAAUGUGAAAACUGGAAAAAAAAAAUAGUUUAAUGCAUUUUUCUUUCUAUGGCUGUAAAAAAACCACUACUGCCAAAGAAAACAGUACAGUUUUGUCACCCAUAGGAUUAUACAGCGCCGCCUCUUUGAAUUAGGGGGUCCGCGGAAGUAUGAGAGCGUACAUUAUCACUCAAAAAAAAGUUUACAGCAUAUAUGUAGAGGGAUGCAAGUAUCUCCAACAAACCGUUUUCCUUUAACAUUCUGGUUCCCCUUGUCCUGUUAUUUUAUUUUCUCUAAUAUGUUAUGCAUUUGCACAAUCUGAACUAAAGCCCUUGAACCCUGAUAAGUGUAACAAUGCCUUAUAUAUUCAUCAGAACUACUGAAUGCACGUUUUUGGGGGUCCCCAGUUACCAUAUGGAGCAUUAUGUUGUCGGAAGUGUACAAAUGUGGUUUCAGUUGCUUAUGUCAGACUUUUUAACUUCAUUUUUGAGAGGGGGUAAGAUGCAGCUUAUUAAGCUAGCUAGAAUUUAAAUUUUAGACACACCUUCUGACUUUCUGUUUUGACACAAAGAGAAUUAAAUACAUGUGCGUUCAUUUGGGAUUAUUUUCACCUGUGGAUUAAUGCACAUUAGAUGCUCAUAUGAGUAUUUACGGCAGGAGAUGAUGUAUGUCCAUGUUCAUUGUAAUGAAGGAACAGCGUGGCUCAAUGACAAAUUUUUUAUAAUUUUUGGCCAACAAUGGAGCUCUAGAGGAAAUAAGAUACAUCAGACUUUGGUUAUACAGAUAAUAUGUAUUAGUAUAAACAAUUCAAACAACAAUUGUUGGUUUUGGCACUUUUAUGGGACCUAAAGAGACCACUUUUAAAUUAUAACACGUGAUUGUCCAGUGCUUCAAUUGCUAUAACCUUGAACAAAUUUACCUUAUUAUAAAACUUAAUUUGAUUAGGGGAAAGGAGUGCAACAUAAUACUGACUUUUGCCUUUGUUUUUUACAGUUAGACAUAUUUGUGUUUUGCAAUUGCCAUAUUGUUGGUCCCAACUCAAAAUUAAUGUAGCAUGAAAUAAGAAAGUCUGCGCAGAGAACCAACUUUGCCUCCACUCGUUUUAUACAAGACACCGGCCUGAGGUCUUUUUGCAAAUUUGAUUGUGCGUUGAAAUUGUAGUCAGGUAAAAAGUUUUACAACAGCUGAAACCACAUGUUUUGUAUGGGCAGAUGUGUCUGUGGUAUUAGUUUGUGUCUGUUUGGAAUCAGUUCCUCAAAUUCUUCUUCUUCGAGAAAAAAAAAAGACUUAAGUGCAUUUUUGUUUAUGUGGAUUAUAACAUAAGUACUUGAUUUAACCUCUAGUAUGUAAAUAAUGACAUUUGGCUUUGAUUUGUUUUUAUACUGGGUGUUUCACUCUUGGCCUUUUUUUCUGUCCUAUGGCACUAUUGUGGGUUGUAGCGCUGCGUGGAAGGUAGAUGACGACACUGCAAAUCUGGCUUUGAAUGAUCCCGUUUUGCAGGACAUGUUGUCGCUCACUGUAUGUCGUUCAUGACGCUCAUUUACCUAAACAUUUCAGCUUUUCCCUUUCUGCCUUUUGAAAAGUUUGAAUAUAUUUUACCGUGGAGCCACAGCUAUCCUGAUGCACUGCUUAAUGCCUCUCCACCUUAAAUCUCCCCAGAUUUUGAACCUCCAACUCUUAAUAAUACCAAGUGGAGGCUGUUUACAGUACUUACUUUUACCCAACCCAACUGUUUUGAUGAUUGUAGACAUUUUGAACGGUCAGAAAUGGGUUUUGGAUUCGGAUGAAAAAAAGUCUGUUAUCAGUAAAUUCUUUAACCGCUCUCUGGGUAUUUUUGUGCAUCAGUGACAAUGUUUGAUAAUUGAAUGUGCAUCUCGCAGUUAUUGGCAGCGACAGCAAUGGCAGGUUUAUUUAACACUCUGCUCUAAUGUGUAGAUCUGAAACGCCAGCAAGGUUUUUCUGUUUAAUUUGGUGAUGUAAUAAUAUCGUAACCCUCCAGAUGCCAUAUUGAAUGAAAAUGAAUGAAUUUCUUGCUUGCAGAUUAAAUGUUAAGAGGAAAUCUUUGUAUUUUGACUAAACGUAAAAUUUUAUGCUAGCCUUAAAUUGAAAAUGACCAAGUGUAUUAUUUUUUGUCCUUUUUUUUGGGGCGGGAUAUAACGUCAAGGUUUUGAUUCAGAUUUUCGGUGUCUUUGAAAUGUAGUUCUUGUUACACGUGAAGAUACCUGAAAUAAAGAUAUACAGGUGUGUCGACCCUGUGUUCUCCUAAAAGUGGAGUGACAAAGUCAGCAACCCACUGUUACUCUUUUAAGUUUUUAAACUGCAGUAUUCGGUGCCAUUCUCCUGGUUUAGUCUGCAACUGAUGGCAGACAAGGACAGGAUAGGUGUGUAUGAGCCUUGAGGGAAGUGUGUGUGUGCAUGUGUGUUGCAUAGAUUGAGCUCUACUCCUAACGGAGUUGAUGAUCCUAAUGGCUUUCUUCUUACUCUUUCUCCAACAGUCUCCGAUGUCCUGCUUACAUGUAGUCUAACAAAGCUGUAGCAACUGAACAGAUGAUCGGCAAAAAAAAAAAACACUUUAGUCCAGGCAAUAACUCAUCAAGGCUGUAAUAUAUUUGAAGUUUCUGCCUGUUUUUUUUUUCUUAAUUCUUUCAUUUGCUCUAUUUUUGGAUCAUUUUGGAGUUCAAAGCAUGUCUCUUGAUUAUUUUUAAUCAAUAAAGAAUGAGCAUAUCAGCCA